CCCUCACUCAAAUUGUAACCACCAGCAUCAGAAGCGGUGGGGCACAGAAGGGAGAAGCUUUUUAUUUUUUUUAGGGACAGUAAACGAUUGCACCGAGGACCGUAAACCGGCGAUCAUUUUUAAUAAUCACGUUUUUUUUUCUGAGGGAAUUAAUUAAAGACCGCUUUGAUUUUAGGGCAUUUUUAAAGACAUUACAAACCUCUGGUCGCAUGCUGUUAUUUAGUGAGCAAUAUACAUGAUCGUGCAAUUGCACAACAUGUCGCCUAUCUAGGCUGAAAAAAAGCCUUUUAAUAUACAUGAUAUAAUAUAUCAUACAGUCUGCGUUUUUCAUAUAUUGUCUGCUCGGCUACAUUCGCUAGCGUGUCGGAUAGCGUUUUGGAGGGCGCAAUAAACAACAGAGCACGGCGGACAAUUGUGAGGUUUGGAUGAGGCGUUUGAAUCCAGCAGCGCAGCCUUUACGUGAACAAUUGCGAUAUUUUCAUAGGCAAUGCCAUCUUGCAAUGCAAACAUGCUGGCUUUGGGAUUGCUCUACCUUGGAUUUUUCCUUACAGUGGAGGUUGUAGAUCCAACCGCAGCCCUUGAAGCUCCGAAGACAUGCAGUCCAAAGCAGUUUGUUUGUAAAGACCAGGUAACCUGCAUCUCCAAAGGUUGGCGCUGUGACGGAGAGAAGGACUGUCCCGACGGCUCUGAUGAAGCUGCAGAUAUCUGUCACCACACCCAGGUGUCGCAGUGCCCUCCCAAUGAGUUUGAAUGUCGGGGAACAGAUGUGUGUAUUCACCUGAGCAAGCUGUGUGACGGCGUCCCAGACUGCACAGAUGGGCGCGAUGAGGGAGCACACUGUCGAGAGUUUGCUCAUAACUGCACUGUUAAGGGCUGCCAGUACAACUGCUCGGUCACAUUGUCUGGUCCCAAGUGUUACUGCCGAAACGGCUACGAGGUUGGAGAGGAUGGGAAGACGUGUAAAGAUUUUAAUGAGUGUGCGGUAUACGGGACCUGCAGUCAAACGUGCACCAACACAGAAGGCUCCUACACCUGCAGCUGUGUGGAGGGCUACCUGCCACAACCAGACAUCCGCUCGUGCAAGGCCAAGAAUGACCCUGUAGAUCGCCAUCCGUACCUCCUCAUUGCCAACUCUCAAAACAUCCAGGCCACCUCUCUGAGCGGCGCCAAUCCCAUCUCCAUCAACACCAAGCAGACCACCGCCAUGGACUUCAUCUACGCCCAAGAGACCGUGUGCUGGAUCCACAUGGGUGACACACCCGCUGCCACCCAGCUCAAGUGCGCCAAGUUCCCCAAUGCCAAGAGCUUCACGGAGGAGAAGACCAUCAACAUCUCCCUCAGCCUACAUCAUGUGGAGCAGAUGGCCAUUGACUGGCUUACAGGAAAUUUCUACUUCGUGGAUGAUGUAGAUGACCGUAUAUUUGUGUGCAGUAAAGAUGGCUCCACCUGUGUCAUCUUGUUGGACCUGGAACUUUAUAACCCGAAAGGAAUCGCACUGGACCCGGCGAUGGGGAAAAUGUUUUUCACAGACUACGGCCAGAUCCCUAAGGUGGAACGCUGUGACAUGGAUGGGCAGAACCGCACAAAGCUGGUAGACAGUAAAAUCGUCUUCCCUCACGGAAUCACGCUGGACCUGGUCAGCAGGCUGGUUUACUGGGCUGAUGCUUACCUAGAUUACAUCGAGGUGGUGGAUUAUGAGGGCAAAAACAGACAGACCAUCAUUCAGGGAUUACUGAUCGAGCAUCUCUACGGUCUUACUGUGUUUGAGAAUUAUUUGUACGCCACCAACUCUGAUAACGCAAACAUGCAGCCCAAGACCAGCGUGAUUCGAGUCAACCGUUUCAAUAGUUCAGACUUCCAGGUAGUGACUCGUGUAGACAAAGGCGGGGCUCUUCAUGUGUACCACCAAAGACGCCAGCCCGCAGUUCGUAGUCACGCGUGUGCUCCGGAUCCGUAUGGAAAGCCGGGCGGCUGCUCCGAUAUCUGCCUGCUGGGUAACAGUCACAAAAGCCGGACCUGUCGCUGCCGCUCUGGUUUCAGCCUGGGAAGUGAUGGAAAGUCCUGCAAGAAACCCGAGCAUGAGCUCUUUCUGGUAUACGGUAAGGGUCGACCGGGUGUCAUACGCGGUAUGGACCUGCACGCCAGGGUGUAUGAUGAACACAUUAUUCCCAUUGAGAACCUGAACAACCCCAGAGCUCUCGACUUUCAUGCCGAGACCGAAUUCAUCUAUUUCGCUGAUGCCACCAGCUACCUCAUUGGCCGGCAGAAGAUUGAUGGUACUGAGAGGGACAUAAUAGUGAAGGAUGGUAUUCAUACAGUAGAAGGUAUUGCCGUGGAUUGGAUGGGACAGAAUUUGUAUUGGACUGAUGAUGGCCCCAAAAAGACCAUUAGUGUGGCCAAACUGGAAAAGGCCUCUCAAACUCGCAAGACCCUUAUUGAGGGCAAGAUGACCCAUCCCAGAGCCAUAGUAGUGGACCCUGCUCGUGGAAUGAUGUACUGGAGUGACUGGGAGGAGGAGCCUAAAGAAACUAAUCGUGGUAGUAUAAAGAAGGCCUGGAUGGAUGGAUCCAACGCUGGCAUCCUCCUCACAUCUAAAACUGUGCUUUGGCCCAAUGGCCUUAGCCUGGACAUCCAGCAGGGCGUCCUGUACUGGGUAGAUGCAUACUAUGACCGAAUUGAGAUGGUGUUACUCAACACUACAGAACGAAGGACAGUUUAUGAAGGACAGGAGCUGAACCAUCCCUUUGGCCUGUGCCACUAUAAGAACUUCCUGUUCUGGAAUGAGUACCGCGGUGGUGGAAUCUACAAGCUGGACAUGGAGACUAAGAAAGUCACACUGCUACGCAACGAACGACCACCAAUCUAUGAGAUUCGCACAUAUGAUGCACAACAACAGCAGAUUACAGGCUCCAACGUGUGCCGUGCCAAUAAUGGUGGCUGCAGCAGUCUGUGUCUGCUUACACCCACCGGACGUUCCUGUGCCUGCGCAGACGACCAGAUACUAGACGCUGAUAACAAGACCUGCAAAGCGAAUCCAUCCUACGUACCUCCUCCUCAGUGCCAGCCUGGAGAGUUUGCCUGUAAGAAUAAUCGCUGUAUUCAGGAGCGCUGGAAGUGUGAUGGAGACAACGAUUGUCUGGAUAACAGCGACGAGGCCCCAGAGUUGUGUCACCAGCACACCUGUCCAGCGGAUCGAUUUAAGUGCCAAAAUAACCGCUGUAUCCCUCUGCGCUGGCUGUGUGAUGGAGACAAUGACUGCGGCAAUGAUGAAGAUGAGUCUAACAGCACCUGCUCAGCACGUACAUGUCCACCUCAUCAGUUCCCAUGUUCCAGUGGCCGCUGCAUCCCUGCUUCCUGGACGUGUGACCUGGAUGAUGAUUGUGGGGACCGCUCGGAUGAACCAGUUUCUUGUGCAUACCCCACCUGCUUUCCCCUCACCCAGUUCACCUGUGCCAAUGGGCGCUGCAUCAAUGUAAACUGGCGAUGUGACAACGAUAACGACUGCGGGGACAACAGCGACGAGGCCGGCUGCAGUCACUCGUGCUCCAGCGUGCAGUUUAAAUGCAACAGCGGUCGCUGUAUUCCCGAGUACUGGACGUGCGAUGGAGACAACGACUGUGGAGAUUACAGCGAUGAGACGCACGCUAAUUGCACCAAUCAGGCCACGCGUCCUCCUGGCGGUUGCCAUACGGAUGAAUUCCAGUGCGGAGUGGACGGCUUGUGCAUCCCCAUGCGCUGGCGCUGCGACGGAGACACGGACUGCAUGGACCUCAGCGAUGAGAAGAACUGUGAAGGUGUCACUCAUAUGUGUGACCCUGCCGUCAAGUUCACGUGCAAGGAUUCAGCACGAUGCAUCAGUAAGGCCUGGGUGUGUGAUGGCGACAGCGAUUGUGAAGAUAACUCUGAUGAAGAUAACUGCGAGGCACUCGUGUGCAAGCUCUCCCACCACGUCUGCGCCAGCAACGACUCCAUCUGCCUACCUGCCGAUAAACUGUGCGACGGCAAGGACGACUGCCCCGAUGGAUCGGAUGAGAAGCUCUGCAAUCUUUGCUCGGUUGAUAACGGAGGCUGCAGCCACAACUGCACCAUUGCUCCUGGUGAGGGCAUCCUGUGCUCUUGCCCGCCUGGCAUGGAGCUUGGUACUGACAACAAGACUUGCCAGAUUCAGAGCUUCUGCGCCAAGCACCUGAAGUGCAGCCAGCGUUGCCUUCAGGAAAAGGCUACUGUUAAGUGUGCAUGCUACGAGGGCUGGGCACUAGGGCCGGAUGGGGAAAGCUGCAAAAGCACGGAUCCAUUCAAGCCAUUCAUCAUCUUCUCGAACCGACACGAGAUCCGCCGGAUUGACCUGUACAAGGGCGAGUUCAGCGUGCUGGUACCGGGUCUGAGGAACACCAUCGCUUUGGAUUUCCACCUCAACCAGAGCGCCCUCUACUGGACUGACGUGGUGGAGGACAAGAUCUAUCGAGGAAAACUCUCUGAAAACGGAGCUCUCACUAGUUUUGAGGUGGUGAUUCAGUAUGGUUUGGCAACUCCAGAGGGUUUGGCUGUGGACUGGAUUGCUGGAAACAUCUACUGGGUGGAAAGUAACCUUGACCAGAUAGAGGUAGCCAAGCUGGAUGGGACCAUGCGUACCACCUUGCUGGCUGGAGAGGUGGAGCAUCCACGCGCCAUUGCUCUUGACCCAAGAGAUGGCAUUCUGUUCUGGACGGACUGGGAUGCAAGCUCUCCCAGGAUAGAGGCAGCCUCCAUGAGUGGGGAGGGACGUCGCACCAUUCACAGAGAGACGGGGAACGGCGGAUGGCCCAACGGUCUCACUGUGGACUAUCUAGAACGUCGAAUCCUUUGGAUUGAUGCCAGAUCUGAUGCCAUCUACUCUGCUGCAUACGACGGUUCCGGCCUGAUCGAGGUGCUCCGGGGUCACGAAUACUUGUCACACCCCUUUGCUGUCACUAUGUAUGGAGGGGAGGUCUAUUGGACAGACUGGAGGACCAACACUUUGGCUAAGGCCAACAAAUGGACGGGACACAAUGUCACAGUGGUGCAAAGAACAAACACACAGCCUUUUGAUCUUCAAGUGUUUCAUCCAUCUCGACAACCUCAGGCUCCCAACCCAUGUGCGGCUAAUGAUGGGAAAGGGCCGUGCUCUCACCUGUGCCUCAUCAACUACAACCAAACCUUCUCAUGUGCCUGCCCGCACCUCAUGAAACUCACGGCAGACAAGCACACCUGCUACGAGUUCCGUCAGUUUCUGCUGUAUGCUCGGCAAAUUGAAAUCAGAGGGGUGGACAUCAAUAAUCCCUAUUACAACUACAUCAUCUCCUUCACUGUGCCUGACAUUGACAAUGUGACGGUGGUGGAUUAUGAUGCGCUUGAGCACCGUAUCUACUGGUCAGAUGUUCGCACUCAGACCAUCAAACGGGCCUUCAUCAAUGGGACUGGAGUAGAGACAGUUGUGUCUGCUGAUCUCCCUAAUGCUCAGGGUCUAGCUGUAGACUGGGUCUCCAGAAAUCUCUUCUGGACCAGCUAUGAUGCCAAUAAAAAGCAGAUUAAUGUUGCACGACUGGAUGGAUCCUUCAAAAACGCAGUUAUUCAUGGACUGGACAAGCCUCACUGUUUGGUGCUACAUCCCAUCCUGGGAAAGCUCUACUGGACCGAUGGGGACAACAUCAGCAUGGCCAACAUGGACGGCACCAACCGCACAUUACUUUACUCCAAUCAGAAAGGCCCAGUGGGUUUAUCCAUUGACUUUGACACGGAGCAGCUGUACUGGAUCAGUUCUGGAAACAGCACCAUUAAUCGCUGUAAGCUGGAUGGCUCUGGCUUGGAGAUCAUAGAGGGUGUGAAGGGCAAGCUAACCAAAGCUACAGCACUUGCCAUCAUGGGUAAUAAACUGUGGUGGGCCGAUCAAGGCACAGAUCAGAUUGGCACGUGUGAUAAGAGUGACGGUGGAAAUUGGAAGGUUCUCAGAAAUAACACAUCACCCAUGAUGCAUAUGAAGAUCUACAAUGAGACGGUGCACAAACUAGGUAAAAACCUCUGCAGUAAGAACAAUGGCGACUGUUCUCAGCUUUGCCUGCCAACUUCACCAACUACAAGAGCCUGCAUGUGCACGGCCGGAUACAGCCUGAAGAGUGGCCAACAGUCCUGUGAAGGCAUGGGUUCCUUUUUGCUCUACUCCGUGCACGAGGGCAUUCGGGGCAUUCCGCUAGAUCCAUCAGAUAAAUCUGAUGCCCUGGUACCUGUGUCCGGUACCUCUUUAGCUGUGGGCAUUGAUUUCCAUGCUGAAAACGACACCAUCUACUGGGUCGACAUGGGCUUGAGCACCAUCAGCCGAGCCAAGAGAGACCAGACGUGGAGAGAGGACAUAGUGACCAAUGGAAUCGGACGUGUGGAAGGCAUCACCGUCGACUGGAUCGCAGGAAACAUCUACUGGACUGAUCAGGGCUUUGAUGUGAUUGAGGUUGCUAGGCUCAAUGGUUCCUUCCGCUAUGUGGUCAUAUCUCAAGGUUUGGACAAACCACGUGCCAUUGCUGUACAUCCAGAGAAAGGGUAUCUGUUCUGGACAGAAUGGGGUCAGUAUCCACGUAUCGAAAGAUCUCGUCUGGACGGCUCGGAGAGAAUGGUUCUUGUCAAUGUCAGUAUCAGUUGGCCCAAUGGGAUCUCCAUUGACUACCAGGAGGGCCUGCUGUAUUGGUGUGACGCUCGCACAGACAAAAUCGAGCGCAUUAACUUGGAGACCGGAGAAAACCGUGAACUGGUUCUGUCAAGUAACAACAUGGACAUGUUUGCCGUUUCUGUGUUUGAAGACUACAUCUACUGGAGUGACAGGACGCAUGCCAACGGCUCCAUCAAGAGAGGAAACAAGGACAAUGCCACAGAUAUGGUUUAUCUGAGAACAGGCAUUGGCGUACAACUCAAAGAUAUUAAGGUCUUCAAUCGUGCCAGACAGCAAGGUACCAACGUCUGUAAAAUCAACAAUGGUGGAUGCGAACAGCUAUGUCUGUUCCGCGGUAACGGCAACCGUACCUGCGCUUGUGCACACGGCAUGCUGGCAGAGGACGGACGCAGCUGCAGAGACUAUGAUGGCUACCUCCUGUACUCCGAGCGCACGAUACUAAAGAGUAUCCACCUGUCGGAUGAAACGAACCUCAAUGCACCCAUCAAACCGUUUGAAGACCCAGAGCACAUGAAGAACGUGAUCGCUCUGACCUUUGACUAUAGGGGCGGUGGAGGAAAGGGAGCUAACAGGAUCUUUUACAGCGAUAUCCACUUCGGUAACAUCCAGCAGAUCAGCGAUGACGGCUCAGAGCGCAAGACCAUAGUAGAGAAUGUAGGAUCGGUGGAAGGUUUGGCUUAUCACCGAGGUUGGGACACACUUUACUGGACCAGCUACACCACCUCCACCAUCACACGGCACACUGUGGACCAGAGUCGCACUGGAGCUUUCGAAAGAGAUAUAGUGGUCACUAUGUCAGGAGAUGACCAUCCCAGGGCCUUCGUUCUGGAUGAGUGUCAAGAUCUAAUGUUCUGGACUAACUGGAAUGAACAGUCUCCCAGUAUAAUGCGGGCAUCUCUUUCUGGAGCCAAUGUCCUUGUGAUUAUUGGCAAAGACAUCCGCACUCCCAACGGUUUGGCCAUAGACCACCGCGCCGAGAAACUUUACUUCUCCGAUGCUACGCUAGACAAGAUUGAGCGCUGCGAGUAUGAUGGCAGCCACCGCUUUGUGGUUCUGAAGAAUGAGCCAGUACAUCCUUUCGGUUUGGCUGUGUACGGUGAAUAUAUUUUCUGGACGGAUUGGGUGCGCAGAGCUGUUCUAAGAGCAGAUAAAUUUGGCAGAGAUAUGAAAGUCCUUCGUGCUGACAUCCCACAACAGCCAAUGGGCAUCAUCGCUGUGGCCAAAGACACCAAUAACUGUGAAUAUUCACCUUGCCUCAACAAUAAUGGAGGCUGUCAGGACCUGUGUCUGCUCACCUCGGAGGGAAGAGUCAACUGCAGCUGCCGUGGAGAGCGCAAGCUACUGGAAGACAACACCUGUGUCGCGGAGAACACGACCUGUAACAGCGUUGAUGAAUUUGCAUGUGGAAAUGGCGACUGCAUCAACUACAGCCUGACCUGCGACAGCCUUGCACACUGCAAAGACAAGUCUGAUGAGAAGCAAUCAUACUGCACUAACCGCAUGUGCAAGAAGGGCUACCAGCGUUGCGUUAACGGCCGCUGUAUCAAACACAGCUCUUGGUGCGACGGCACAGAUGACUGUGGCGACGGUUCGGAUGAGCUGCCCUGCAACAUGACAUUGUGCAGUGCUGCAGAGUUUCAGUGCAAAGAUGGAUCGUGCAUCUCUAACUCCAGUCGCUGCAACCAGGUGGUCGACUGCCAGGACGCCAGCGAUGAGAUGAACUGCAGUCCCACCGACUGCUCUAGUUACUACCACCUUGGAGUUAAGGGCAUGACCUUCCAGAGGUGUGAGUUUACCACACUCUGCUUCAGCCCCUUGUGGCGCUGUGAUGGAUCCAACGACUGUGGAGAUUUCUCUGAUGAAAGAAACUGCCCAGAGAAGAGGAAGCUGAAAUGUCCAGUGAACUUCUUUGCUUGUCCAAGCGGCCACUGUAUACCUAUGAGCUGGACGUGUGAUACAGAGAACGACUGUGAGAAUGGAGCAGAUGAGCAACACUGUGAUAAGUUCUGUGCACCGAAUCAGUUCGAAUGUGCGAACCAUCGCUGUAUCUCUAAAUCGUGGGUAUGUGAUGGUACCGAUGACUGCGGAGAUGGUACAGAUGAAGACAGCAGAUGCAAGGCCAGAACAUGCAGUCCGGAGGCAUUUCAGUGUCCUGGCUCCAACAUUUGUAUUUCCCAGCGCUGGAAGUGUGAUGGGGAUAAAGACUGUCCUGACGGGGCGGAUGAGGGCGUUAAGGCUGGCUGUGCCUUGAACAGAACCUGUGAUAAAACUGAGUUCCAGUGUCAGAACUAUCAGUGUAUUCCCAAGCACUUCCGAUGUGACCAUGACGUCGACUGUCGUGAUGGCUCUGACGAGUCACCAGAGUGUGAAUAUCCCUCAUGUGGGCCGCAUGAUUUCCGCUGUGCUAACGGUCAGUGCCUGAAGCAGAAGAACUGGCAGUGUGACGGAGAGUUCGACUGUAGAGACCAAUCAGACGAAGCCCCCAAAAACCCUCUUUGCACAGACUCGGAGAGGCCCUGCAAUGACACAGCCUUCCAGUGUCAGAACAGCAACAAGUGUUUGAAUGACACUCAGCUUUGUGAUGGCAACGAUGACUGCGGUGACGGCUCUGAUGAGCGCAACUGCUUCGUCAAUGAAUGUUUCAACCCCAAACUAAGCGGCUGCUCGCAGCUCUGCGAGGACCUCAAGAUUGGUUUCAAGUGCCGGUGUAAUCCAGGAUUCCGCCUGAAGAAUGAUAAGAAGACGUGUAUGGAUGUGGACGAAUGCACCACUACGUACCCCUGUGCUCAGCGUUGCAUCAAUACACACGGUAGCUUCCACUGCCUCUGCGUCGAAGGCUUUGUGCCGCACCCUAAUGACCCCACCACCUGCAAAUCCACUUCGGAGGAGGAACCUUUCCUCAUCUUUGCUAACCGAUACUAUUUGCGAAAACUCAACUUGGAUGGGUCAAACUACACGCUGAUUAAACAGGGGCUCAAUAACGCAGUGGCUCUAGAUUACCAUUACGCAGAGCAGAUGAUCUACUGGACAGAUGUGACCACACAGGGCAGCAUGAUCCGCCGCAUGCACAUCAACGGCAGUAACGUGCAGGUGCUACACAGAACCUCUCUGAGUAACCCUGACGGUCUGGCCGUAGACUGGGUUGGGGGGAACCUGUAUUGGUGCGAUAAGGGCAGAGACACGAUCGAGGUCUCCAAGCUGAAUGGAGCCUACAGAAGCGUGCUGGUCAACAGCGGCCUGCGGGAGCCCAGAGCUGUGGCUGUGGAUGUGAGGAAUGGGUAUUUGUACUGGUCAGAUUGGGGCGACGUGCCACAUAUCGGCCGUAUCGGCAUGGACGGCACAGACCGCCAAAUCAUCAUUCAGGAUAAAAUCACGUGGCCCAACGGCCUGACUUUAGAUUUUAUCAAUGACCGCAUCUACUGGGCAGACGCGCGUGAGGAUUACAUUGCUUUCGCCAGCCUGGAUGGAUCCAAUAGACACAUCGUCCUAACCCAUGACAUACCUCACAUCUUUGCCAUGACCCUGUUUGAGGAGUAUAUCUACUGGACUGACUGGGAGACAAAGUCCAUCAACAGAGCCCACAAAACCCUUGGAACCAACAAGACCAUGUUGAUCAGCACCCUACACAGACCUAUGGACAUACACAUCUAUCAUCCAUCCAGACAACCUGAGGUGACCGGUCACCCCUGUCAGGAUGAUAACGGAGGGUGCAGUAACCUGUGUCUACUCUCACCUGGAGGAGGCUAUAAGUGUGCCUGUCCUACCAACUUCUACCUGGCCGCUGAUGGAAAACAAUGUCUGUCCAACUGUACAGCCAGCCAGUUUGUCUGUAAGAACGAUAAAUGCAUUCCCUUCUGGUGGAAGUGUGACACUGAGGACGACUGUGGAGAUCGAUCAGAUGAACCUGCUGAUUGUCCUGAGUUUAAAUGCAGACCUGGCCAGUUCCAGUGCGGCACGGGGCUCUGUACAAACCCAGCUUACAUCUGUGAUGGAGACAACGAUUGCCAAGACAACUCUGAUGAAGCCAACUGUGAUAUCCACGUUUGCCUGCCCAGCCAGUUUAAGUGCUCUCAUCCCAGUCGCUGUAUCCCUGGAAUCUUGCGCUGUAACGGUCAGAACAACUGCGGCCAGGGUGAAGAUGAGAAGGACUGUCCUGAGGUGACCUGCGCUCCCAACCAAUUCCAGUGUGCCAUCACUAAACGCUGCAUACCGCGCGUGUGGGUCUGCGAUAGAGACUACGACUGCGUGGACGGUUCAGAUGAACCUGCCAACUGCACUCAGAUGAAGUGUGGCGUGGACGAGUUUCGCUGUAAGGACUCGGGACGCUGCAUCCCGUCUCGCUGGACGUGUGAUGGAGAGGACGACUGUGGCGAUGCCUCGGAUGAGCCCAAAGAAGAGUGUGACGAGAGAACGUGUGAGCCGUACCAGUUCCGCUGUAAGAAUAACCGCUGUGUCCCUGGCCGCUGGCAGUGUGACUAUGACAAUGACUGUGGAGAUAAUUCAGAUGAGGAGAAGUGUGUGCCCCGUAAGUGCUCCGAGAGUGAAUUUGCCUGCACUAAUGGACGUUGUAUUGCUGGAAGGUGGAAGUGUGAUGGAGAUCAUGAUUGUUCAGAUGGAUCUGAUGAGCAUGGCUGUGAACUGAAAUGUGACGAGGAUCAGUUCCAGUGUAAGAACGGUCACUGCAUCUCUCUGCGCUGGCGCUGUGACUCUGAUGCUGACUGCAUUGAUGGCAGUGAUGAAGAAGGCUGUGAUAUUUCUGUGGUGCGACACUGCCCCCAUCAUGAGUUCCAGUGUAAUAACACUCUGUGUAAGCCGCUGUCUUGGAAAUGUGAUGGAGAAGACGACUGUGGAGAUAACUCAGAUGAGAACCCUGAAGAGUGCAGAAACUUCAUAUGCCCACCCACUAGAAAUUUCCGUUGUCAAAAUAACCGCGUCUGUAUCCCGAGUGGAAAGCGAUGUGAUGGCGUGGACAACUGCGGGGACAAUUCAGAUGAGCUCAACUGUGAACACCACACGACCACGUGCGACAAAGACCAGUUCCAGUGCAACAAUGGCAAAUGCAUCAGCUCCAGCCUGCGUUGCAACUUCUUUAAUGACUGUGAGGACUACGGUUCAGAUGAAAUCAACUGCAAGACAGAGACCAUGCUGAAUGACUGUAAGAGUAAUAAAUCACUAUGUGGAGAUGGCGACGAAGCUCACUGUGUAGUCAAUGGCACAGACACAUUCUGCUCCUGCAAACAAGGCUUCCAGAGAGUCAGACACAACAUCUGUGAAGAUAAGAACGAGUGCAAACAGUUCGGCAUGUGUUCCCAAAUCUGUAACAACACCAAGGGCUCCUACAAGUGCAGUUGCCACAAGUACUUUACCAGGAUUAACACCACAUGCAAAGCUGACAGUUUAAACAUCAACAAGCAGGUCAUCUACAUCGCAGACGACAAUGAGAUCCGCAGUCUGACGGGAAUGCCGAACUGGUUUUACGAGCAAACCUUCCAGGGUGAUGCCAACGUACGCAUCGACGCCAUGGAUCUCCACGUCAAGACCAAUCGCAUUUUCUGGACCAACUGGCACACUUCCAACAUCUCCUGCUUCCAGCUGCCCUCCCCCUCCUCACCGUCAGGCCCCACUUCAAACUCGCACCGCAACACAAGGCAAAGCGAGGGCAGCGUCACCAACCUGGAUAUUCCCGGUUUGAAGAUGCCGCGGGGAAUCGCGGUCGACUGGGUGGCCGGUAACCUCUACUGGACUGAUUCGGGGCGUGAUGUCAUCGAAGUUGCACAGAUAUCGGGCCAGCACAGGAAGACGCUGAUCUCUGGGAUGAUCGAUGAGCCUUAUGCUAUAGUAGUGGAUCCACAAAGAGGAACCAUGUACUGGUCCGACUGGGGGAAUCAUCCAAAAAUUGAAACGGCAGCCAUGGACGGAACUCUCAGACAAAUUCUCAUCCAUGAGAACAUCCAGUGGCCUACAGGUCUUGCAGUUGACUACUUCAAUGAACGCUUAUACUGGGCAGACGCCAAGCUCUCGAUCAUCGGCAGUGUGCGUUUGGAUGGCUCUGACCCUGUUGUGGCUGUGUCCAACAUCAAAAACAAUCUUCUCCACCCAUUCAGCAUUGAUAUAUUUGAGGAUUACAUUUAUGGAGUCACGUACACCAAUAAUUUGGUCUUCCGUGUUAACAAGUUUGGCAGAGGUCAGGCAGAGAACCUGACGACGGGCAUCAACCACGCUACUGACUUAGUUCUCUACCAUCGCUAUAAACAACCUGAGAUGACUAACCCAUGCGACAGGAAGAAAUGUGAAUGGUUGUGCCUGCUCAGUCCCAGCGGUCCGGUCUGCAUCUGUCCUAAUGACCACACCCCUGACAACGGCACCUGUGUGGAAGUAACACCAGCGACCCAAUCUCCCUCCUCACCCACCUGUAACAUACAGUGUCAGAAUGGAGGCACCUGUAAACUGAACUCAUGGAAUCAACCCAAAUGUCACUGUCCAACCAGUUACAAAGGUGAUCGCUGCGAGAUAAACCAGUGCAGAGAUUACUGUCUGAACGGAGGAACGUGCUCACCAUCACAUCUCACAGGUGCUCCUACCUGUCGCUGUCAGCCCGGCUUUACUGGACCACAAUGUAACCUGCAAACAUGUAAAAACAUCUGCCAGAACGGAGGCAGCUGCACCGUCAAUCAGGGCAACCAGCCCACCUGCCACUGCCCUGAGGGCUUCCUGGGUGACCAAUGCCAGUACAGUAAAUGUAAAGACUUCUGUAAGAAUGAAGGUGUUUGCAUGCAGACGAGCAACGGCACUAAACUUUGCCGCUGUCCCAACACGGUUUUCGGCCCACGGUGCGAGCAGAACAUGUGCGAAUACUGCGGUGAGGGCAAAUGCGAACAGCAGCGCAAUGGAGAAACUAUGUGUCGAUGUGCUGAUAACGGAGAGCAGCAGCCCUCUUGCUACUCCUGUCAGAACUUCUGCAUCGAGGGCCAGUGCACUAUAGACCCCAAUACGAAGCGACCACAAUGCAGAUGUAAUGCAGGCUGGGAAGGUUUUCGAUGUAGGAUCAGUGUCGCCCCAACUCAGAACCCAAGCUCUGGAAGUACAGCGUCUGUGGUUAUCCCAGUGAUGUUGCUGCUUUUACUAGCACUGUUAGUUGUUGCCGCCAUCUUGUGGUAUAAGAAGAGAAUGAGCGGUGCUAAGGGAUUUCAGCAUCAGAGGAUGACCAACGGGGCCAUGAACGUUGAGAUCGGGAACCCGGCGUACAAGAUCUAUGAAGGAGAGCCCGAUGAUGAUGCAGGGGAGCUGUUAGACUCCGAAUUCAGUCUAGAUCCUGAUAAGCCCACAAACUUCACCAACCCCGUGUACGCCACACUAUACAUGGGCGCCCAUAACAGCCGCAAUUCUCUGGCCAGCACAGAUGAGAAAAAAGAGCUGCUGUCCGGAGGGGACGAGGACAUGAGCGACCCGCUGGCUUAAAGCGGCCGGAUGCCCACUUGCCCACAAGCAGACCCUUAUGCCUUUACACGUCAGAGGAAGAGCCACACAAGAGAAGGAACACUGUACAAAUGUAAAAAAGAAAAGAAAAAUGAAGGACAAUUUUUGUAUGUGAUCGCAGUAUUAUAUUUUAUUCUUCAAGAAAUCCUUCUGGUCAAGCAUUUUCUACACAUAUAUUUUCUUUCUUUUCGUAAAAAGAAAAGUUUCUUAAAACAUUCACUCGCCUAGUUUCCCCCGAUUUAGCCACUACCUCUGAGCUCAACCGGUUGCCAACUACAAUUUGGAAAAAUUUUCAGUUUGCUUGUUUUAAGUUUAUUUUUGUAUGACUUGUAUAGAGAUCAAUGACGUUUCUUUUGGCGAAAAUCAAAAUUGCCAAGUGUUUGUUGUUUUGAAAGGGGAGGGGAAUGAUGCCCAUUCAGUCUAUGGGGCUGAGACAUAAUAUGCCGCAGGAGGUGUGCGUGUGAAUGCGAGUGUGUGCAUACUUAUGCGCUUUUAUUUCUAUACUGUUAUCUCAGAGAACAAUGCUUACAAUGAUUGUCUUACGCCUUGCACAGAUUGAUUUUAUAUAUAUUUACAUAUAUAAUUAACAAAGUGUCUUGACGAAUAUACCCAGGAAUACAAGCAGACACCCGUACCAAUUUGCAGUAUGUAACUGUGUUUUAGCUUUUGUUUUUAAAGGAACGAAAAGAUGCAAAAAGUGACAGCGUGAUGUCAUGAAUGAAUCGACGGUUGAAUGAACGAGUGAAUGAUGUGAUAACAUUCCAGAACUGUUUCCAGGGUGUGUAUCAGUGGCCUUGGUGUGUAUGCAAGCAAUCCCGUGUCAGCGAGCGAGCAAAGACGACUUGGGUGAGAUGGAUUAAUGUAGAGCAGGCCUCAUAUGACUUGUUGUCUUCCAGAAGGCCAGAAACAACCAGAAGCAGCACGUAGAUCAUUGUUGAUGUGGCUUCGAAAGAAAUGUUUCAUACCACUUCGGUGGGAGCCGUAUGUCACUUUUAGUUCAAAUAGUUUCGUGUCUAAUGGACUUUUAAUGCUAAAUGUAAGUGAGGUUCACGUGGAUCCAGUAAUAACUCACUGCCUUGCUGCUAUGAUUUCCAUUCUCAUCUGCCUGACCUUUAGAGAGACUCAGCUGAACUUCCACUGCUUCUAAUGGAGGUAACCUGCCAUAGACUGUUGUGCCAUAGGCUAAUGCAUGGAUCCAACGCCACACAAAGUGAUACGUGUUAACAGUAUUCAUCCGAGCAUCUGGACUUAACAUGUUAAGUGUCUGCUCUGUUUACGAUCAAAUGUAAUUUUUAGUACUUUUUGUUUUUACCAUCACGGAUGACUAGUUUCACACAACCCUACAACCGUUUCUGUAGUUUUGUUUUUAUUAUUUUUUUAUAUGCAAAAUAAUUAAACUGCUUUUUAUAGUAGAAAUGCA